AUUUUUUCAAUUGUUAGGGUAUGUAUAAAUUUGUUCCUGUAAUUCGUACUAUUUCUAAUAAAAGAGUAAUGGGUAUUUUUAGUUCGAAAAUGGCCGUGGACAUGUCAUCACCUAAAGCCAAAGAAGUACUUGCCAUCAUCAAGAAAGACAAAGUUGUUAUUUUCUCAAAAACCUAUUGUCCGUAUUGCAAAAUGGCAAAACAGGUCUUUGAUGAUCUUGGUGUUCCAUAUACAUCUAUAGAACUCGAAGUUAGAGAUGAUGGAGAUGAAGUACAAACUAUUUUGGGUCAAAUCACAGGAGGUCGAACUGUUCCUCGAGUUUUCGUCAAUGAAAAGUUUAUCGGCGGAGGAACUGAUGUGAAAGCCUUGUACGAAAAGGGAGAAUUGCAAAAGCUUGUAGGUUAACAAUAUAAAACAUUGUAAGAUAUUUUAAAUUGUAAAUGCUAGUAACCACUUAAUACUUACACACUAUUUAAUGAGGACGUUAAUGUUAAAAAUUUUUCAGGUAAACAAGCUGUAGUGGAUUUUUAUUAUUUUUGAGAAUUUUAUUUGUAUAUUGGUCAUAGCUUAAUGUUUGCUACUAAUUUUUUUAUUAUUCUUUUAUGUGAAAUAUUUUAAUACAAUUCUCAUGCUAC